AUGAGUUCUUCUGCAUUUGGAAUGCUGUCUGCUAUUGGAUUAUUCAUUACUUUGAUAUCUUUGUGCAUUGUUCCCCAGUAUGCACAAGGCAUAACGAGGCAUUAUGAGUUCAAUAUCAAGAUGCAAAAUGUGACGCGCUUGUGCCACACGAAGAGCAUGGUGACUGUAAAUGGGAAAUUUCCUGGACCUCGAGUCGUGGCAAGGGAGGGGGACCGUCUAGUUAUAAAAGUAACGAACCAUGUUUCGAGCAACAUCACCAUCCAUUGGCAUGGCAUUCGACAGCUUCGUAGUGGAUGGGCCGAUGGACCGGCGUAUAUUACACAAUGUCCCAUACAAACUGGACAAAGCUACGUGUAUAACUUCACUGUAGUAGGGCAAAGGGGAACUCUCUGGUGGCAUGCACAUAUUUCAUGGCUAAGAUCAACUCUUUAUGGCCCUCUAAUCAUUCUUCCCAAACAUAAUGUUCCUUAUCCAUUCGAGAAUCCCUAUAAGGAAGUCCCUAUUGUAUUUGGAGAAUGGUUUAAUGCUGAUCCUGAGGCCAUCAUUAGUCAAGCUUUACAGACAGGAGGGGGUCCAAAUGUCUCUGAUGCCUAUACCAUCAAUGGACUCCCAGGACCAUUAUAUAAUUGCUCGGUCAAAGAUACAUUCAAGUUGAAGGUUAAGCCCGGAAAGAGUUAUCUCCUUAGAAUAAUCAACGCUGCGCUAAAUGACGAACUUUUCUUUAGUAUCGCUAACCAUACUCUCACAGUUGUUGAUGUCGACGCAAUUUAUGUUAAACCUUUUGAAACAGAUACAAUACUUAUUACUCCCGGACAAACCACAAAUGUUCUUCUGAAAACCAAGCCUAAUUUUCCAGGCGCUGCAUUUUUCAUGACUGCUAGACCAUAUGUUACUGGACAAGGCACUUUUGAUAAUUCUUCUGUUGCAGGUAUUCUAGAAUAUGAAUUUCCAUCCCUUCAUUUGAAGAAUCUUCCUCUCUUCAAGCCAACUCUACCACCUCUAAACGACACUUCAUUCGCCACAAAUUUUACAAAAAAAUUACUUAGUUUAGCUAGUCCCCAAUUCCCUGCUAAUGUUCCAAAGAAAGUUGAUAAACAUUUCUAUUUCACAGUAGGCCUAGGGACAAAUCCUUGUGACCAUAAAAACCAGACCUGUCAAGGACCAAAUGGGACCAAAUUCGCAGCAUCUGUUAAUAAUAUUUCUUUCACGCAACCAACAACAGCCCUUCUCCAAUCUCAUUACUUCGGCAAAUCUAAUGGUGUUUAUAGCCCCGAUUUUCCAAUCAAUCCAUUUCAUUGGUUUAAUUACACGGGAAACCCUCCAAACAAUACCAUGGUAAGCAAUGGGACGACGAAAGUUAUGGUCUUGCCUUUCAAUACUAGUGUUGAGCUUGUUAUGCAGGACACUAGCAUUCUUGGUGCUGAGAGCCAUCCUCUCCAUCUCCAUGGUUUCAAUUUCUUCGUUGUUGGCCAAGGAUUUGGGAAUUAUGAUCCACAAAAGGACCCUAAAAACUUCAACCUCGUCGAUCCUAUUGAGAGAAACACAGUUGGCGUGCCCUCGGGUGGAUGGGUUGCCAUUCGGUUUUUAGCUGAUAAUCCUGGUGUGUGGUUAAUGCACUGUCAUUUGGAAGUCCAUACAAGUUGGGGACUGAAAAUGGCAUGGCUUGUCUUGGAUGGAAAACUUCCCAAUCAAAAGCUCCUUCCUCCACCAGCAGAUCUUCCCAAAUGCUGA